AGAGCCAUAGAGGUUGUUCGGUCAUCAGCUGAUUGCAUUCUCUUCUUUCAAUCUUUUCUUUUAAAUACCCUCUCCUCUCUCUGGUAACUUAAUCUUCACAACACAAUCAAAGUCCAACAAGUCUCAGUUUUUAUUAAGCAAACAAACCCAAAAAAAAAAAGCUCCAAAUGGCUCCAACACUUUCCACAUCCCAAUUCUCAAACCCAGCUGAAGUGACCGACUUCGUAGUCCACAAAGGAAAUGGUGUAAAGGGUUUAUCAGAAACAGGAAUCAAAGCUCUUCCAGACCAAUACAUUCAGCCACUUGAAGAACGACUCAUCAACAAAUUCGUCAACGAGACAGACGAAGCCAUCCCCGUGAUCGACAUGUCCAACCCUGAUGAGAGCAAAGUCGCUGAAGCUGUCUGUGAUGCUGCUGAGAACUGGGGUUUCUUUCAGGUGGUCAACCAUGGAGUUCCUUUGGAAGUUCUUGAUGACGUCAAGGCUGCGACUCACAGGUUCUUUAACCUCCCUGUGGAGGAGAAGAGCAAGUUCACAAAGGAGAAUUCUUUGUCGUCGACUGUUAGGUUUGGGACUAGUUUUAGUCCUCUUGCAGAGAAAGCUCUUGAGUGGAAAGACUAUCUUAGUCUCUUCUACGUCUCUGAAGCUGAAGCUGAACAGUUCUGGCCUGAUGUUUGCAGGAAUGAAACUUUGGAGUACAUGAACAAGUCAAAGAAGAUGGUGAGGAAGCUUUUAGAGUAUUUGGGGAAGAAUCUCAAUGUUAAAGAGCUCGACGAGACGAAAGAGUCACUCUUCAUGGGUUCCAUUCGGAUCAACCUCAACUACUAUCCCAUCUGCCCUAACCCUGACCUAACCGUAGGUGUUGGUCGCCACUCAGACGUCUCUUCUCUCACCAUUCUCUUACAAGACCAGAUCGGUGGUCUACAUGUUCGUUCUCUAGCGUCAGGGAACUGGGUUCACGUGCCACCGGUUCCUAAUUCUUUUGUGAUCAACAUCGGAGAUGCGAUGCAGAUCUUGAGCAAUGGUCGGUACAAGAGCGUGGAGCAUCGUGUUUUAGCCAAUGGUUACAAUAACAGAAUCUCUGUUCCUAUCUUUGUGAAUCCAAAACCAGAGUCCGUGAUUGGUCCUCUACCUGAAGUGAUCGCAAACGGAGAGGAACCGAUCUACAGAGACGUUGUCUACUCUGAUUACGUCAAGUACUUCUUCAGAAAGGCACACGACGGAAAGAAAACAGUCGAUUACGCUAAGAUAUAAUCAUAGUCAAACUUUCUUGUUAUGUUUUGUUUUGUUUCCUGUUUUUGUUUUUGUGUGCGAGUGAAUAAAGAACAAAGCAGAGGACAUAUCUGAUGUCUUCUUAAGACUCUGUUCAGUAUUGUCUUGUAUAACUAUCAAUGAUCAAAAUACAGUUUCUCUUUAAUCAAA